GCGGCGGAAAGCGGCAGCAGUUGUUCGGAUUCAUCCGACUGGUCUAGCUGUCUAGUGGCAGCAGUGAUGAUGAAGCGGAUUGUAGGCUCUCCCAACUGGUUAAUGAGAAGGGCAAAGAGAGUGAGGAUAGUGAUUCCACGUCUCUUGAUCACACAGAGGCAGAGCUGGACAUUUUUGCCGAUGAUGGUUUUGAGAUAAGUAAAGAUGUCAACGAUUAUGAUGCCCAUAUUCAGCUAAUCAAUGCAGCCAAGGGGCUGAGUGAUUCUCCUCAAAGUCAAAUCUUUGACAGUCACAGAUUAAAAGGUUUAGCUCGAAAGAGAAUGAGCAAGUAUUUUCCAUUAACUCCAGAGCUUUGGUUAGAAUGGAUACAAGAUGAGAUUGAUCUUCAGCAUUUGGAGAAAUCUAAGAUCAAUAAACUCUUCCAAAAAGCAGUUGGAGACUACACCUCACCAGAGCUGUGGGAGAAGUAUUGUAGUUUCUGCUUGGAAACUAUGAAUACAAACUACAGCAUAAGUGAAGUGCGUAGUAUCUUUGAGCAAGCUCUGACUGCAGUAAGGCUACAUGUCAGCAAGGCUGACAUUAUUUGGAAGUUAUACAGAGACUUUGAAAACAGCCUCAGAGAAAGUGCACAGAAUGAGUGUGAGAAGGACCAACAAACAGCUAGGCUGGAACGACUUUUCAAACGUCAGCUAUCAGUGCCACUCAUGAACAUAAGGGAUACAUGGAGUGAGUACGAGUCCAUGUUGGGAAAACCUCCAACACAGAUUUCUAAAGGAAUCUUAGCUCAACUUGAUAAGUACAGACCGUAUGAGCAGAAACUGUUGAAGACAACUCCUCCAAGUUCUGAAGACUACAGAGCCUACCUAGAUUACGAGAAGGCAUCUAAGGGUCACCCUGCUCGUGUACAAUGCUUGUAUGAGAGAGCCGUACUAGAUCACUGUCUGCAAGAACAACUUUGGCUAGACUACACUGACUAUGUUGAGACUAAGCUGAAGAUUAAGGACAUAGUGCUAUCAGUGUAUGACAGAUCAGUCAGGAACUGCCCUUGGUCUGGACGACUAUGGUGUAACUAUUUGAUUGCCAAGGAAAAGUUCAGAGAGUCACUCAAUGUCAUUAAAGGCAAGUAUGAGGAGAUACUAUCGUCUGGUGUCCUACCUACAGCUGCAGUUUAUCUUGCUAUAUGGCAGUCAUACAUUGAUUACAUGAGGGGACAUAUACCAGAGCUUGAUCCUAGAACAUUGAUUUCAGAUGAAAAAUUAGAGUAGAGAGAAACUGUGUUUAGAGCAGUGCAGUUUAUAACGUCUGUCAUCAGCAGAGAAGGCCUUAGAAAUGGACAAUUGUAAACUUAAAGGCAGACCAAUGUAUGUUGAUUGGUCGGAGGAUAGGACCAAAACUACUACCAUGACUACUAGCGCCAAUUCAAGUAUGAUGCAAAGUUGGAGAAAAGUAAGCUAUUUGUGUCAGGGUUGCCACGAUCUGCUACCAAUCAGACGUUAUUAGAAAUCUUCAAAAAGUAUGGACCAGUGAAGGAAGUCAGGGUUGUAACCCAUCGAAGCAGCAUCUCUAAAGGUCUUGCAUUUGUGCAAUUUGAAAAAGAGAGUGAUGCAUCACGAGCUGUCUUUGGUGAGGAUAACACCAUUCAAGAUGGGCAUACCAUCAAUGUUGCAAUCAGUAAUCCACCCAAGAGAAACCCAAAGAAGGAAUUGCUAACCAAUCCAUCACAAAGCAAGACGGGUCAUACUGAGUCGAUGCAAGACAAUAAAAAGGCUGCCCAAGAUAAACUGCAAAAGGAGUCAUUGAAUCCUGAACUAACACAAAAUGAGACUUCUGACAAAAUGCAAGAUAAGACAUCCAUUCCUAAAGCAACGGAAGACAAAGCAUGCACAACCUGCUGGAUCAACUCAAGAUAUUGAUCCGAGUAGAACCCUGGAGACAAAGAAGAGUUAUCCCAAAUCCUGUAUGACACCUUUUUGGUUGUGGAGUUUACAAUCUUUUCUGAAAUUUGUAAACAAAUAAGGGAAUCAAUGUGUGGUGAAAAGGUUUUCAACUAGUGGUUUAAUCCAAACGAGGUUC